UUUACAGAAUGUGACAGCAGGGACGUAUUUUGUUUUUGUGUAAUAAAAGUAGGCAACCCAAUAUACACCAAAUUUAUCUUACAAAGCAAUCGGUGUAAAUUAUAACUACUGCUACUGCACGCGAAAGACUUUCUCUAUUCACAUAAGAAGAACUGCAAGAAAAGGAGCAAAAGCAAACGAACCGUGAACACGAUGAUUCAAAACACGAAUACAUAUCGCGAAUGUAAUAACUUCAGUCGCGUUUCUACCGCAUUGGUUGCACCACACGCCAUCUUGAAUUAUAAUGACAACAUUAACGCAUUUUGGGGAAAACAGCGAUAUGAAACAGAAAUCUGAAGAUAUAGAACAAUUAUUGCAGUUGAUUAAAGCAUGGCUGAUGAAACAACCGCAUUUACCGCAGAAUAUUGAGGAUCAACUUUUACGGCGUUUCAUCAUCAGCGCUUUCCACAGCGUUGAGAAAACGAAAGCUUUGAUUGAUUUAAACUACACUCUGCGUUCGCAAGCGCCGGAAAUCUUCGAUAAUCGUGAUCCGGACCUGCAUGAAAUCCAAAACGUGUUUAACUUAGUGGAUUUUUGUCCGUUACCGAAAUUAACCGAAAAAAAGCAUAAACUCUUCAUUUAUCGUCUCGCUGACUCGGACCCGGAUCGUUUUGCUUAUGCAGACGUCCUAAAAGCGUUUUUCAUGGUCGCUGAUUACCGCAUGUCGUUUGAUCGUGAAAUGUCCGAUGGGGAAGUGCCUAUUUUCGACAUGAAUAACACCACACUUCGUCAUAUCACAAAGGUAACGCUACCAUUGGUUAAGAAAUACAUGGUGUAUACGCAGGAGGCGCACCCGGUGCGUUUGCGGCAGAUUCACGUACUAAACACGACGCCAUUGCUGGAUAAAUGCAUGGCAAUCGUGCGGCCGUUUCUUAAAAGCGAGGUUGCCAAACUUUUGAUAUUUCAUGCACCAAACUCUUCCACACUCUUCGAUUAUAUCUCACCGGAAUUGAUUCCGAAAGAAUACGGCGGCACAUUGAACGUGACCAUGGAAUCAAUCAAAGAAGAAUGGCGAUUGAAAGUACAACGUCAUCGCAGUUUCUACCUGGAUGACACCAGAUGGCGCUUGGAUGAGAAUCGUCGUCCAUCGGAAAACUGUAAUGCUGGCGGUGGCGGUGGGAAUCUCUUCGGGAUGCAAGGAUCCUUCCGCAGUUUAAGUAUUGACUAAUCACAUCCAAUCAAACUCUUUAUAAGCCCAGAGAAAUAACAAAACAACUUCUAUAAAUAAAUUUCACGCGCGAUCAAAUUAAAUCAAAUCAAAUAAAAACUCUGCAUGAGAAUAAAAUCAACAUGUCUGCAACCGUCUCUGUACUGGGCACUCCUUUUUAAAAUAAAUAGAAUUAUAAUCACA